AUGCCCGCGACCGUGUCUCGACAUAACCUCGUGGAUGCAUUGCAGAAGGCGAAUGUUCUACAGGAAUCAUUGCUGACAACCGAAGGCCGCCAAAUUCCUCGGCUAGAAUUUCUAACGGGGCAACUUCGGGGACUCCAUAGCCGUCAUCGCGUACAAGCUGGCGUUGAGGUACUUCCCCCGGCGGAUCGCUGGUGGACAGUUGAUCUUUACACAGAUGACAUCGGCCAAGAAUUGAGAGCCGCGUUGGUGGAUGAAUAUUUCAAUCAGAAGAAGCCGACCGAUGGGGAAGUCUAUCAGAAGAUCAGACAGUAUGAGGGCGAGGGCAAUGAAGCUUUCCGAGUGAACCGUCGUCUCCGACAUUCAUUUAACCGAUUAUUGGCAAUUCCCGGGCUUUGGCCGGGCGGGAUAAGAAUCAGCCUACUUCAUCGAUUAAUCGCCUCGGGCUGCUUUGAGGAGAUAGCAACCUAUUUUGAUCACAUCUUGGACUUCUGGUCUUCUCUGGUAGGAUCGGAUCGGCGUCUGAUGAAGAAAAUCGAUCACGACACGGCCAAAAUAAAAGAUUUUAAUGGUCUCAUCCCGUCCUUAUACACUUUCUUUGAGGAUUUCAAGUACCUGGAGAGUUACGUUCACUGUCUGAAGCGGCUCUCGGGCCCAUCGCCCUUGUCUAUGAGGGAAGCCAUAAGCUCGAUGUUUAACCCAGACUCAGAGUCUGAGGAUAAUCACCGAGAGAAAGGGGAGUAUAUCAUUCAGACCUCGGAGUCUACUUUCCGACGCCUGCAUGCGACCGAGGCGGAAUGCCUCGAGACUGGAUACCAACAGUUAUGGCUCUAUGCUAUGCGACAUUAUCCUCUGAUGUCCCCGGACCCCAAGAGUACUGAUGAUCUGAUGGCCAAAUCGACCCGUGCCAAUCCGGACCCGCGCGCGAUCUACGACAUGGCCCAUCUAGCUCACCGGCUCGGCUUUAGGUCCCCGGAGAUUGAUAGGCUGCUGAACAGUUCUCCGGAUCACCAAAUUGCACGAUCUGUCCUUCUCCAGGCCCGUAAGCCAGGCCGGUUUAGAUACGAUGACCAGCACUUUGAUAGUCUGGUGUGCCGAAUUGUAGAUUGUUUUACUGAAGCUGUGCCAGAUCAGCCCGGUCCCCCGCGAGAUCUUUUGGCAGACAGCACCGUCAAGGCGCACGCUCGCUCUGGGGUUCCGCAGACCCGCACCCAUGUGCAAGAUGCCCCUUUGUUAUUCUUAGAUCGAUUGCAUGCUGAUGUCGAUAUCGCUGACACAAUCACUAGCUUUUUUGUUCGGCGUUGUGUCUUUUUUGCCUUUUUGGGGAAGUCAUCAAGGGUUGGGCCAAGCCCCACUACAGAGAAUGGUGGUAUGAAUGUAGACACAGAGGCGGAGGGGAUGCUACGGUCGCCAUUGUUUGUCGAACGCCACGACCCAAUGGAUGGAUCUGCACAGCACAUGGAUACAUCAGGCAGGUCAUCCCUUCUUCGAAGAAGCAAUUUCCCCACACGCCAACUGGUUUCCUGCGAGACGGACGGUUCAGAAAUUGCACCCGAGCCGAUGGACUUAGAUCGGAUAAGUCCUUCGGGUGGAGAUCACGCUACUCCCAGACGGUCACAAAACGAAUCAGUUCUGGGAACGGUUUUUUCUCGCUGCUCGCCCAGAGCUGAGCCAGCCCUUGAAGAUGCUAGAAGCGAAUGUACUCAGAUCUCGUUGGAGACAGUGUCGCUUCAAUGGAAUCAGGACGAAAGAGCGACAGAAGAGGAGCUCAACCCAAACACUGCAUCUGUACUCGAAAGCGCUACUCAGUCCUUUAUCAACCCUACGUCACAGCGACGGUCUUCGUCAGAGACGGUAAUCCGGUAA